AUGGAUCUGUGGAUGCAAUCUGGUCAUGCAAAACGUCAUAAAGAGGAUAUGUUUUUCUUAGAGCACAGGAUUCGAUCGUACAGAGAACUUCCUCUUCGCUUCGCUGAUUUUGGCGUUUUGCAUCAGAAUGAGGCCAUUGCUUCCCUGCAUGGAUUAACACAUACUAGGAGAUUUCAGCAGGACGAUGCACAUAUUUUCUGUAGGAAGUCCCAGAUAAAAGAUGAAGUCAUAAAAGCCUUGAACUUCAUGGAUUAUGUCUAUCAAAUAUUUGGUUUCACAUAUGAAGUGAAACUUUCAACAGUAUGCUUUUACUCUUUAUUGUUCUCAAUGUCCAUCACUUGGAAGUAUUGA